AUGCAAGAAUAUGUUAAUUUGAAUCACAUGCGUGAAAUCGAUGAUCGCGACGCGAAUAACGAAACGUCAUAUUAUUUGCCGCACCAUGCGGUUUUUAAGGAAAACAGCAUCACAACCAAAUUGAGAGUGGUGUUUGAUGCAUCGUGUAAAACGGCAUCAGGACUGUCAUUGAACGAUGCACUUUUGGUUGGUCCCACUAUACAGGAGGAUUUGUUCUCUAUUUUAGUACGAUUUCGCACGUUUCGAUACGCCAUGACGGCUGACAUUACUAAAAUGUAUAGACAGAUUCUCAUCGACCAGUCCCAGAGAUCUUUGCAACGUAUUUUUUGGCGUAACUCAUCACAAGAUGAACUAAAAACGUUUGAGCUUCUUACACUUACAUAUGGUACAGCGCCAGCCUCCUUCUUGGCUAUUAGAUCAAUACACAAACUCGCGGAGUACCAAGCGGAUUCAUUUCCCAUUGGAUCGAAAUUAGUAUUACGUGAUUUUUAUGUGGAUGACCUGCUUACAGGUGCAUCUACGUUACAAGAAGCAUUAGAGAUCAAGAAACAAACUAUUCAAUUGCUAAGGAAAGGCGGAUUUGAAUUAACAAAGUGGUCGUCUAAUCAUUCUUCCAUUCAAGACAUUGAAGGUUCUACAAAAAAGGAAUUUAAUUUGGGCAACGAAACCAGAGCUCUUGGUGUAGUCUGUAAUUGUGAAUCAGAUGUGUUCAAGUUCAUAAGUAUAGGACAACAUCCACCACUGGAUAGGCUUACCAAACGUAGCAUAUUGUCUAGGAUAGCUUUAAUGUUCGAUCCUUUAGGAUUAUUGGGACCAUCCAUUAUAAUUGCUAAACUUCUGAUGUUACAAUUUCUUGGUGAUAUUCAGGUAGCACAAAAGGUGAUUACUUUCAGUGAAAAACGAAAGGUGGAAAUUCAUGGUUUCUCAGACGCUAGUCAACAAGCAUACGGAGCAUGCAUUUACGUUCGAUCCACUUACACGAAUGGGCAAUCUGAGUGUCAUUUGCUGUGUUCUAAGUCAAGAAUCGCACCUCUUAAAACAUUAUCUAUUCCUCGACUCGAGCUUUGGGGAGCCUUAUUGCUGGCACAACUUACCAACAAGGUAUUGAGUGCUUUACCUUUAACGAUAGACUAUAUACAGUAUUGGAUCGAUUCACGUAUCGUAUUGUGUUGGUUGCGAUCAUGCAGCCGUCAGUGGACACCAUUUGUAGCGAAUCGUGUAGCUGAAAUACAGCGACUUACAAAUAUUGAUAGUUGGAGACAUGUGUCUAGUCAGGAUAAUGCUGCCGACCCGCUUUCCAGAGGUAUCAUGCCCAACUUAUUAUCCGAGCUAGAUCUGUGGUGGCAUACGCGUACGGGUGCCGCUAUCGAAUAG